GGAAAAAACGCGUGACAUACCGUAAUACAUACUGCAUUUUUUAAAUGACGAUUUUGUUUACUGUGGUUGUGUUUAUUUUGUUAUUUAGAUGUAAGCAUCUCAGAGAAAUUUAAAUCCAUCUUUUGCUGUUAUUUUUAAUAUGGUAGUAUAACACUUAACAGUACUGAGCAUUGCAACGAAAUGCCUACAGAACGCAACACCUCGUCUUUUCUCAGUUUGAGUUCUGGCAAUGGCCGUUCUAGUCGAGGUAGUGGAACUACGAAUUAUAGUCAAACGGAACAGGAAUCACUGGAUCGCAUACGCCGUGAAAAGGCAUCCCUUCUUCAAGAAAUCAAAACACUGAAAGAUGAAAUUGCUGAUUGUGACUGGAUUAUUGAAAGACUGGACGUGGACGAGGAUGGGCGGCCCAAUUCUGAGCGACAAUUUCUGAUGCUUGGCAAGAAAAAGUUUAACUUGGAUCCCAAAAAGGGCAUCGAUUAUUUGGUGGACCACAAAGUGCUUCAGUUCACCGCUGAGGACGUGGCUAGAUUUCUCUUUAAUGGCGAGGGAUUGGUUAAGGCAGCGAUUGGGGACUACCUUGGAGAGCCUGAUGCAUUCAAUCAGAAGGUUCUAGAAGAGUUCAUUCGGCUGCAUACGCUUUCCAAAACCGAUCUUGUGUCGGCGCUGCGGGUGUUCUUAUGGAGUUUCCGUUUGCCCGGUGAAGCACAGAAAAUUGACCGUAUGAUGGAGAAAUUCGCGCAGCAUUACUGCUCACAAAACGAGAGCGUUUUCGCUUCUGUGGAUUGUUGUUACGUUCUCUCGUACGCCAUCAUUAUGCUCAACACCUCAUUGCAUAAUCGCGCAGUGAAGGAUAAACAAACCGUUGAGAGUUUUAUCAACAUGAACCGCAGCAUUAACGGUGGCGGUGAUUUGCCCAGAGAAAUGUUGGUGGCUAUGUACGACAGCAUUAAAAGCGAACAAUUCAGGAUUCCGGAAGACGAUGGCCACGAAUUAGUACCGACCUUCGAAGAUCCUGAUCGCCAAGGAUUUCUAUGGAAGCAGGGUGGAAAAUACAAGACAUGGAAGCAGCGUUGGUUCGUAUUAAACGAUAGUGUUCUGUAUUACUUCACUGCCCAGACGGACAAGGAGCCCAAAGGCAUCAUCCCUCUGGAAAACACUCAACUCCGUGAAAUUGAAGAUCGCGGUAAACCCUUCUGCUUCGAGCUCUAUCUGCCUAAUAGCCAAGUUGUGAAAGCCUGUAAGACGCAAAAAGACGGGAAGGUGAUCACCGGCAGACAUACCACGUACCGAGUUUCCGCGAUGUCGGCACUGGAAAAAGAGGAAUGGAUGAGGGCCAUUAGGUCAUGCACGAGUGACAAUCCCUUUUUGGGUAUGCUGCAGGAGAGGAAGAGAAAAGCCCAAAAAUUCUAUCACGGCGUCGUACAGUGAACAAGUACAAUUCUAGUGUACUUGUCAAGUGGUUGAUCUUUGCUUCCGGUGGAUAAAUCUGUUUUGCUGUAAUGCAUUGUUGUCUGUUCUUUUGUGCCUGAAAUUACGUUAAGUAACGGUGUCGCUCAGAUCUGUACGAGUACAAUGGCGGCUAGCAACUUUUUCACAGAUGUUCGGCGAUCUCUUACCACUGAGUUCGGUUUGGAUUGGAACUGUUAUGGAAUCUUCCUGUUGACUUGUGCGUGUGCUGGGCCUUUCUUGACGUUUCCGUUUAGCUUCUGUUGUAAUAGGAGCUUCCAAUUCUUGUGGAUUAGAUUAAAAUGGUUGUUC